CUUUUCUCGACCGUCGCAAGCGUACAGCUUGAAAAAGGAAGCUGCUGGAUUCGCCCCAAUCAGCGCUGUAUCUAAAAAUUUGCGUUCUCUACCUGUAAAAAUGUGGAAUUCACGCAAAGUGGGAGUGCUCGGUGGCGGCCAACUAGGCCGAAUGCUGGUCGAGUCUGCAAACCGGCUGAAUAUUCAGGUGAACGUCCUGGAUGCAGACAAUUCUCCUGCAAAGCAGAUCAGUGCGCAUAAAGGCCAUGUGACUGGGUCAUUCAAGGAACCGUCAGCUGUGCGAGAGUUGGCAAAGACUUGCGACGUGGUGACGGCCGAGAUAGAGCAUGUGGAUACCUAUGCUCUCGAAGAAAUCGCCUCAGAGGUGCAGGUUGAACCCAGCUGGAAGGCUAUCCGGACAAUUCAGAACAAGUUCGACCAAAAGAAGCAUCUAACAAAGUAUGGCAUUCCCAUGGCUGAGUAUCGAGAGCUGGUGAAAAACACGCCUGAAGAACUGGCCGACAUCGGAGAACAACUGGGCUUUCCUUUGAUGCUGAAAUCGAAGACGAUGGCAUACGAUGGUCGAGGCAACUAUCGCGUUCAGAAGAAGGAAGAUAUUCCCGCAGCUCUCGAGGCGCUGAAGGAUCGGCCUUUGUAUGCGGAAAAAUGGGCCUAUUUCAAGAUGGAAUUGGCCGUUAUGGUCGUCAAAACCAAGGACGGUGUGCUUUCAUAUCCCACUGUCGAGACCGUCCAAGAGGACUCGAUAUGCAAACUUGUCUACGCACCCGCCAGAAAUGUCUCGGAAGCUGUCAACCAAAAAGCCCAAGAACUGGCUCGCAAGGCCGUUGCAGCUUUCGACGGGAAAGGCGUUUUCGGUGUUGAGAUGUUCCUCCUAGAAGAUGACAGUCUUCUUCUGUGUGAAAUCGCCAGUCGAAUUCACAAUUCAGGUCACUACACCAUCGAAGGCUGCGCUCUUUCCCAGUUUGAUACCCAUCUCCGUGCCAUUCUUGAUCUUCCCAUUCCACCCAAGAGUCUCGAGCUCCGGCAACCGUCCAUCAUGCUCAAUAUAAUCGGGGGUGCCACUCCAGACUCCCAUCUAAAGGCUGCAGAGGCUGCUCUUUCCAUCCCCAACGCCAGCAUUCACCUUUACAGCAAAGGCGCCGCCAAACCGGGUCGGAAGAUGGGCCACGUAACUGUUACCGCUCCCACGAUGCACGAGGCUGAAACAGCUAUCCAACCACUGAUCGACGUGGUGGAUGAAAUCCGCUCUCAGCGCAGUGAUGUCAAGACGAAACCCCACAAGUCCAGCCCUUCCAAGCCUGCCCCAUCUGUAGCGGUGGUGAUGGGUUCUGACAGUGACCUUAAGACGCUCGUGCCAGGACUCAAACUACUGAAGGAUUACUUUGAAAUCGAGCACACGGUGGAAAUCACCUCUGCUCAUCGAACACCAACCUACAUGGCUGAGUACGCGGCCAGUGCUGCUUCACGUGGCAUCAAGGUCAUCAUCGCCGCAGCCGGCGGUGCCGCACAUCUUCCCGGCAUGGCUGCCGCGCAUACUACUCUUCCUGUUAUCGGGGUACCAGUAAAAGGAAGCUCUUUGGACGGAGUAGAUAGCUUAUACAGCAUCGUGCAGAUGCCACGAGGCGUCCCCGUUGCAACCGUCGGGAUCAAUAAUAGCGUCAACGCUGCUCUUCUUGCAGCAAGAAUCUUGGGCUCUUUCGACCCCACCGUGCAACGCAAGGUCGAAGUGUACGCGGAGAGCGCCAAGAAUGAGAAUCUGAACUUGAAGGGGACGAAAAUGCGGGAGCUUGGAUGGGAGAAGUAUUUUGAGCAGAUGCAAAAGUGAGUAAUCAUCUAGAUAAGAUGCGAAGACAAAGCUGCUUCCCUUAUGAUCUACGGAGAAUUUAUGUAUGUAUGUUGUCCUCUACGAAUUCAAAUGUUUAUUGAUAGAGAGC